AUGGAAGAACAGGUGUUUAAGGGGGACCCGGACACCCCUCAUUCCAUCUCCUUCUCGGGCAGUGGGUUCCUCUCCUUCUACCAGGCCGGGGCAGUGGACGCCCUUCGGGACCUGGCCCCCCGGAUGCUGGAAACAACCCAUCGCUUUGCUGGGACGUCAGCAGGUGCGGUGGUGGCAGCCUUGGUGAUCUGUGGGAUCGAAAUGGAUGAAUACCUUCGAGUCCUCAAUGUGGGUGUGGCCGAGGUGAAGAAGUCCUUCUUGGGGCCCUUAUCGCCAUCCUGUAAGAUGGUGCAGAUGAUGAGGCAGUUUCUGUACCGUGUCCUGCCUGAGGACUCCUAUAAGGUCACCACCGGGAAGCUCCACGUGGCCCUCACCCGGUUCACGGAUGGAGAGAGUGUGGUGGUUUCGGAGUAUACGUCCAAGGAAGAGCUCAUUGAGGCCCUGUAUUGCAGCUGCUUCGUCCCGGUGUACUGCGGCCUUAUUCCUCCAACUUACCGUGGCGUGCGGUACAUCGACGGGGGCUUCACCGGCAUGCAGCCCUGUUCCUUCUGGACCGACUCCAUCACCAUCUCCACCUUCAGCGGGCAGCAGGACAUCUGCCCGCGGGACUGCCCUGCCAUCUUCCAUGAUUUCCGCCUGUUCAACUGCUCCUUCCAGUUCUCCCUGGAGAACAUUGCCAGGAUGACCCAUGCCCUGUUCCCCCCAGACCUGAUGAUCCUCCACGAUUAUUACUACCGAGGGUAUGAAGAUGCUGUUUUGUACUUGAGGAGGCUGAAUGCUGCUUAUCUUAAUUCUCCUUCCAAGAGAGUGAUUUUCCCCCGGGUAGAAGUGUACUGCCAGAUAGAACUCGCCCUUGGCAACGAGUGUCCUGAACGCUGUCAGCUGAGCCUCCAAAGAGAGCCGGCCAGUCCAGAAGAAUCCAGACAACUUCAUACACAGUGGGCUCCCGAAGGGGAUGAAAGGGGUGGCCGUAGUCCACCUCUGUCCCCACCCCUGCAGGCACCCGAAUCCACAGGUGACUGGCCUGUGGAGUCACCUGUUUCAUCACCUACAUCGCCAGCAGCCUCAUCACCAUCACGUUCUCCAGCUGACUUGCCACCUGCGUCACUCCCAGCUGUGCACUUACUCCCCAGCUCAACACCUGGGCUGUCACCUGUAUCACCAUCACAGCAGAUACAACCGACUGGAUCUCCACCCCAGUCCCCACCGCCCCAGGCAUCUGCGUCACCCAGGCCAUCCCUGGGGCCUUCCACUGUGCGGGCACCUCCAACGCUGCCCAGAUAUUCUUCUUCAGCAUCACCUGCACAGCCACCUGCGGAGGCACUGGGCCCAGAACAGCCCCAAGCUCCCUUUGCCUCUUCAAAUUCGAAAAGCACCGUGCCUCUGGCUAAUGUGAAGGAAGCCGCCAGCAAACCUCACUCAGUGGAGAGCCCUGCUGAAGAGUCCAACUGGGUGAGCAAGGUGUUCAAGAAGAACAAACAAAAGACAGAUGGCCCCAGGAAAGGCUCCUUCAGACAUCCACGGACCAAGACAACAGGCCGCAAAGCGCAGUCUGCCCCCUGCCCACUUGACUUCUCUCUGAUCUCCACCUCCGAAACAGUUUGGGUCGCCUACAGGCCUCAUCCCAGCCGGAUCCAGGAAUACAGCCGCCCUGAGGAAACUGUGAGCUGGGAGAGGAAACUUGAGCUGAAACGGGAGAGAACCUGA